CAGAGCUCAGCUGAUCGACAACAGCAAACCAGAACCACCGCCUACUCGAAGCAACAGCAACCAUGGCACGGAGGACGUCGAAGCUGCCUCAGAUCGCGACGAUCCUGCUCGCCGUCCUGCUGCUCCUGCCGUCGGCCGCCAUGGGCAAGGCCAUCGACGCCACCAAGACCCAGCGCCUCGACCUGCCCGACGGGCUGAUCGGCCCCGAGAGCGUCGCCUUCGACCGCCGUGGCGCCGGGCCCUAUGUCAGCAUCUCUGACGGCCGCAUCCUCAAGUACGCCGGCAAGAGCGUCGGGUUUACCACUUUCGCGUACAGCCCUAGCUACAUCAAGAACAACUGCGACGCACCGUCUGAGCUCCCAUCGGUCGCCACCGAGAGCUCGUGCGGCCGGCCGCUUGGCCUUCGGUUCCACAAAAACUCUGGCGAUCUGUACAUCGCGGACGCAUACAUGGGGCUGAUGCGCGUCGGGCCGAACGGUGGGGAGGCGACCGUGCUUGCCACCGAGGCCGGCGGCGUGCCGUUACGCUUCACCAACGGGGUAGACGUCGACCAGGUCACCGGGGAUGUCUACUUUACCGAUAGUAGCACGACAUACUCUCGGGCGCAGCAUCAGAUGGUCACCGCGUCGGGAGACUCGACGGGACGGAUCAUGAGAUACAAUCGACGGACUAACAAGGUCACCGUGCUCCAGUCCGGCGUGACAUACCCCAAUGGUAUCGCCAUUAGUGCCGACAGGAGCCACCUCAUCGUCGCCCUUACUGGACCAUGCAAGCUGAUGAGGUAUUGGAUCCGGGGGCCUGAGGCAGGGACAUCCGAGUUGUUCGCUGACCUGCCGGGAUACCCGGACAAUGUGAGGCCUGAUGGAAAGGGAGGGUAUUGGGUGGCGUUGCACCGUGAGAAGUAUGAGCUCCCGUUUGGAAAGGACAGCCACUUGGUCGCUAUUAGGAUCGGCGCUGAAGGUGAGAAGUUACAAGAGAUGAGGGGUCCCAAGGAUGUUCGACCAACAGAGGCAGUGGAACGAGGGGACGGCAAAAUUUAUCUUGGAUCCGUAGAGUUGCCAUAUGUUAGCAUUGUUAGUAGUGUUUAG